UUUCCCGUGCUCCUCUGCACGGAUCCCAUUGGGACAGGUCUUGGUUAGGGAGGGAAGGUGGGUAGGAACACUUGCGUGAAGUGAGGGCGUGAGUAGGAACUUGCUUAUAGAAGAAUGGAAUCCAGUUGUCAGUGCUAGUGGAGUCACUGCUGCCGAGGAAUUUAGGGGCUGGUUCCCGUCCCUUCAGGAGUUCUGGGGGCCAAACUUGGAUUAUAAAUUUCAAAUUCCCUAAAGGGCAAAAGAUACAGAGCUGAGCUUCCCUCAGCCCCGACCCGGCUUAAAACUCCCAGGGAGUCUUCGCUGCUCCCAUCUCUUCUUCCCCUACGCUCCCACUCGGGGGUACCCCUCAGGGCCUGGAGUCGCGGUGUUCCCAACUUGUGGGGGUACUGGUGUGCGUGCCUGCCCGUUCUGGGGACGCUGGAGGCGGGCGCUGUGCCCGGCGCCGGAGGAAGCCUGUGUUGCGCCUCUUGCAGCCGAGGGGCUUCAACCAUGAUCACCCGUGUCUUCAGCGUGCGCAUGUGGGCCCCGGUGGGCGUCCUGACCUCGCUGGCGUACCGCCCCCACCAGCGGCGAGAGGCCCUGGCCGAGCUUCGGAGGGCCGACGGCCAACGUCCGGUCGACCGAAGCCUGCUGGAGUUGGAAAUGGUGCAGGUCGUGUUUCGACACGGGGCGCGGAGUCCUCUUAGGCCGCUCCCGCAGGAGGAGCAGAUAAAGAAAAGAGGAAGGGUUGGAGAUGCUGGGAAAAACAAGCUGACGCCUCUUCCCACCUCUGCUCCCGCCUUCCUUCCAGGAUCCAUUGUCAUCCAUACUGAUGAAGCAAGCUCUGAAGUCUUAUACCCCAACUAUCAAAACUGCCAGAACCUGUGGAAAAGAACCAGACACCGGAGGAAGGCUGCCUCUUUGCAGCCAAGAAUCUCAGAGGAUUUGAAAAAGGUGAAGGAAGAUAUAGGUAUUGCUGGUAAUGACGAAGUAGACUUCCUUAUCCUCUUUGACAGUGUGGCUGCUGAGCAGGUGCACAGCCUCCUGAGCUGCCCGGCACUGAACAGAUUUGCAUGGGUGAUUGAACAGAGAGCUGUGGACACAGCCUUGUAUAUCCAGCCAAAGGAAGGCAGAGAAAGUCUUCAGAUGGCAGUGGGCCCCUUCCUUCACAUCCUGGAGGACAACCCGCUGAAAGUUGUGGACCCUGCCAUCCUGCCCAGCAAGACCAGGGACCUGGCAUGAAAGCUACACCUCUGUGCUGCUCAUGAUGUGACCCUCGUGCCCUUAAUGGUUCUCGGGAUUUUUUAUCACAAAUGGCCCCCGUUUGCUGCUGACCUGACCCUGGAACUCUACCAGCACCAGGAAUCUAAGGAGUGGUUUGUGCAGCUCUAUUACCAUGGGGAGGAGCAAGUGCUGAGAGGUUGCCCUGACCCACUCUGUCCACUGGACAAGUUCUUGAAUGCCAUGUCAGUUUAUGCCUUAAACCCAGAAAAAUACCACACCCUCUGCUCUCAAGCGCAGAUGAUGGAACUUGGAAAUGGCAAGUGA